GGCGGGGCUCGGCACGCCUGGGCGAGGAGUGUCCGGGCAGAGCAGAGCAGAGCGGAAGGUGUAUCACCAGGAUUCUGGAAGCCAAACAAUUUGAGAAAAUCAACAGCAGAAAGGCAAUGCAAAAUUGUGGAUCUUAAGAUCGAGAAUACGUAAUGGCUAAGGUCUACAGGAUCUCUGUACUGGAACAUUGUUGCAUGUUUUGCGAUGAAGCAUCAACCCACUGCGGUACACUUGCCUGAUAAUUGGUCAGUGUGAGCUAUACUGGAAGCCAUGGACAAGGAGGGCAGCAUCCAGCUGGAGGUACCGGAUUUCAGCUGCUCCGUGCUGGCCCAGCUCAACCAAUUACGGAUGCAAGGGCGGCUCUGCGACAUUGUGGUUGACGUCCAGGGAAAGUCCUUUCGUGCCCAUAAGGCCGUGCUGGCCGCCAGCUCACCGUACUUCCGAGACCACAUGUCCCUGGGCGAGAUGAGUGCCGUUUCCAUCUCCGUCAUCAAGAGCCCUGCAGUGUUUGAGCGCCUGCUGGCCUUCUGCUACACGGGCAAGUUGUGCCUGCAGGUGGCCGACAUCAUCAGCUACCUGACGGCAGCCAGCUUCCUCCAGAUGCAGUACAUCAUCGACAAGUGCACGCAGAUUCUUGAUAGCAUUCACUUCCGCAUUGACAUCUCCGAGGUGGAGGCCGGGCUGACCCAGGACGGGCUACAGCGCCCGAGCCAGCCCCGCGGUGGCAGCGGCGCCCUCCCGCCCAAACCACGGCGAGGGCGGGCAUCCUCAAACUACGCCGGGAAUGCGGCCCGCGGAAGCCCCUUGCCUGACGAGUUGGUGGGCGAAGGUGGCAACGACGAGAGGCUGGUGCGCAUCGACAGAGUGGGUCAGUGGUACGUGGAGACCGGGGUGAGCAGCGACCGCAGCCCGGAAACGAUCCGGCAGAUCAGCAGCAUGCGGAUCAAGACGGAGACUCCGGAUGAGUGGAUCGUGUCGGAAAAUCAGCCAUCCGGGGAAGACGGCAGUAGUGCUGAGGAGGUGACCGCCAUGGUGAUUGACAGUGCUGGGCACAGCACUCUGGUCCAAGAUACAUUUCACACCGCAGCCUCGAGCGGCAAGACCUCCAGACCUUCCAGCAGCUUUAGUGAGAUGGACAGGUUCAGCCCAUCGGGCAGCGUAGUUUGCACCGUGUCGGAGCGUCACAGAGCAAGGAGCGAGUCCCCAGGCAAAAUCGAUGAGCAGAAGCAGUCCAAUUCACAGACUGGCGACGUCCCACUUUUUGGCACCACUGGUUAUGAAGAAUACCUCCGGGACCAAGAAGUGGCCGAACGCUGGUACCGUUACAAUCCUCGUCUGACGUGCCUGUACUGUGGCAAAUCUUUCAACCAGAAGGGAAGCCUAGACCGUCACAUGCGCUUGCACAUGGGCAUAACGCCGUUUGUGUGCCGGAUCUGUGGGAAAAAGUACACCCGCAAGGACCAGCUGGAAUAUCACAUACGCAAGCACACUGGGAAUAAGCCCUUCCACUGCCACGUGUGUGGCAAGAGCUUCCCAUUCCAGGCCAUUUUAAAUCAGCACUUCAAAAAGAACCAUCCGGGUUGCACGCUGCUGGAAGGGCUGCACAGUAUCUCACCAGAGACAACCUCCAAGGGACAGAACGGAGAACAGUCGCCACCUCAGGACCAGGCGAAAGCAGUGGGUGAACUCAUUCACACUUCCAUCUCAACUACAGGUCCUGACUGACUGCACUGGAGGCAGAUGUCUGUCCGAGAGACUGCAGAGGCACUGUUGUUUUUAGAGUGGACUAUUGCAUUUGGAUUUAGAACCAUUUACUGUAUAUGAAGGGGGUUUUUUUUCUGCAAGGAAGGAAGAUCAAACUACCCAGCUGCAGGGUUGUCGAAAUUCAAACAACCCCUAUUCUUUUAAUAUCAUGACUUUUCCCCGCCUUAUGAAAGUCACAAGCAAGGGAUUCUUGGGUAUAUAAAGACAAGAAAGGGCAGUGGGGAGGAAGCUCCCUGAAUAUUAGAAGACCGAAUAGUUAAUAUUGAAUGAGCAGAUUGAAUACAAAUAUUUGACUGCAUGGAUCUCAGUGAUCCCCUUGGGCAGUUUGUACAACAGUCUGAGCCCCUUCCUGUGCUCAUUCCUCAACAGGUCUUGAGCUGCCUCCCUGAAGUCGUCAAAGUGACUUAUUCAGAGCUGUCAUCAUUUAGAAGGGAUAGCAGAAAAUAUAUCAGGAGCAUCCAUUCUGUAAAGAUGUGAUUGUUCAGGCAGCUUGGCGAUAGACAAUGAUGGGGAAGGUAAAUGGGUCUGGAGUGGAACAUCCUGAUUAUGCUCCUCAGUGUGAAGUGAUGUGGGUGGCAAAUGGAAAACCCUGUGGUUCUGUACAUUUCUGUAAACGCCUGGCAAAUGUGUUUUGAACCAUAGAUAGUACUUAAAAGAAAUGGGGAUACUCCAAAUGAGCAUGGGUGUCCUGGUUUGACAGUAGAUUUACAGUUGAGUGGAUUUGAGUGUGUAAUGUUUCUCAUAGUGUAUGUGCCCUUUCGCCCAAGAUCUCUUUGAGGAUUGAAAAGUGUAUCAUGGUUUCUCUAUCCAAAAUACCUCCUGUGAAUUUUCCAAUGAAGCAUUUCUGUGUCCGCUUGUGAAGCAACAAUUAUCAAAAAUGGAUUGGGGAAAUGUGCUGAGCACAGAAUAUUCCAAAAAAUAUAGCAUUCCAAGAAUAAACGAAUGAAGUAAUUGGUCCUUUGGUGCAGAAAUGCUUCUGCAGAAUAGGUUAGUGUGAUGGAGUGGACAGGACAGUGAAUCAGAGUGUUUCAGCCACCCUUCAGCUGCACCCUGAGUCUCUAACAAGGUGCUAUACUGUGACACAAUUGCAAUAUGUUUCUCUCGCAUUUUGCAAAAUGUUUUAUUUUACUCUCAACUGAUACUAUUUACUGUUCUAGAAAUGUUUUCUGCUUAAGGGAUGGUUGAAAUCUACUGUUAUUGAGGAAUACGCAGAUGAUGAUUGAAAGGAUUGGUAGGUAGAGGGAGAGAAGCAGUGAGGUUCCUGAACAAAGUCAUAGUCAGACUAUUUGAUACAUGUUCACACGAAAAAAACUUCCUCCCAAACGAUUGAGGCGCUGAGUUGAUUGAAAAUAUCAAAACUGAGCUCGAUAUGGUUUUGUCAUAGGAUUGAAUAGGAUUGGUUAUAAGGAGCUAAGAGACAGAUCAGCAAUGAUUUAACUGAAUGGAACAACAAACUCAAUUGACUGGUUUCUUUCUAUUCCAGUGGCCACAAACAAUCAGAAUCAUGUUCUUCAUAUCACAACGUUGUGAAGAGCCACAUGGGUCAGUGCUGCUGCUACACUCAGGGCAUGAAUGAUUUAAACCAAUAAUAGCUUUGUACAAUUAGAUGGACACAUCCAGGGCAAAUGCAAAACAAAAUAAUCUCCUUUUGGAUGGAGGUCAGCAUGGGAUGAAUUAAACAGUGAUUAGAGGGCCAGUAAAUUUGUGAAGAAGUUUGGGAUUACUGUUCCAAGAACAGUUCGUAAACAGAAACUUGCAUUCAAUGAGGAACUCUAGCCAAGAUAAAGGUUCUGUUUUUUCAUUUUGCAAAGAGAUGGCGAUUAAAUAUAGUUCAUUCCAUGAAUAGCAAGGGGCCCAAUAAUAAGCCCGUGGAAAGCACUGGAAAUGCAGCCUUAGCAACUGAAAUUUCCAUAAACCAAUAUCUAUGGCUUUCUGCUAUUGAGCUAUUUCAAUACAAUUUGCGAUUUUCCCCUUGGAUCUCAGGGUUUGCUUUCUUCAUCAAUCUGCCAUAUGUGAGAAUGUCUCAGGUUGAUGAAGAAAUUUCACUUUCACAAUCAAUAUCUCCUCAAAAAUAUUCACUGUCUUGAGCCCAAUCCCACUGUUCCUGUAA